AAUUAUUCUUCUGUUUUCAUUGGCUGCACGUGUUUUUUAUUGGAAAAUAAUGUAAUCAUGAUAUCAGAUGAAUUUUCUAUUGGCGCUGGUCGGUCGCCUGCUUCCAAGCAAAUCCACAAACGAGGUCGAUAGAUUUCACUCAGUGGUUAUCAUUUUAAUAGAUAACUUUAUCAGUUUUAUAAGCCGCGUCCCUGGUAUAGUGCAGUGUUUACAAGUUAUUCAACCAGCAACCAAACUUUAAUUUUAAAAAGAAAUAAGUUGUUACGAUAUUUACAUUUUAAAUGCUGCCUUCAAAGAUGCAAAUUAAUAAAAAACUAUUGCCCAUUAAGGGUCAUUUCUUCUUCUUUAAUGCUGGUACUGCACCACUUGUACCAUACCUAUCAACUUAUGCGCGUCAAUUGGGGUUCUCAUCUGCCACAGUAGGAUUAAUUUACACAGUACUGCCCAUAUUUGGUCUUAUCGCAAAACCCCUAUUUGGAGUUAUUGCCGACAGAUUUAAGAAACAAAAAUUAAUAUUUAUCUUAUUUCAAAUAAUAACUAUUAUCAGUUUUGGAGCAAUAUAUUUAAUACCAGAAAACAGAACCAUGUCGGUUGAAUUAGAUUGUGAUGGUGGUAUUACUAUGUUACAAAGCUGUUAUAAGAGUAAAGAUGCGGUGGACAAUUGUAAAGUUGAUUACUUGAGUAAUUUAAGCCUCAAUGCUACGUCUAAGUGUGAAAUGAACUGUGAUAUGACGUCGCCUAAAAUGUGGCAGACGGUUUGCGAGCAUUGGCACAUACCUCAGUACUGCUACAGUAACACCAAUAACAUACAAUAUUCCUCAAUAGUCAAUAACGUUACUUUGAAGAACGAUAAUUGUGCCUAUAUCGCUGCAGGCAAUGUGACCUUGGACGGACACAUAUACAGUCCUCGAUGCCGACUGGGCGAGGUAUACGUAGAUGUUAACGAGCCCUGUUCUUUCAAAUGUGAUAACACCAAACUAUCCACAGCCAUAGGAAAGGAUCGUGUUAAUAUGACCUGCAUAGACCAAAAUAUAAAUUACAAACUGUGCCCUACUGACACUACCCAACUUAAGGAACUUACCAAAGAUCCAUUGAAUAGCACAUGUGAGGCCUCGUGUGAUCUUGACGUGACGACACCAUGGCGACUCAUGGAGAUAUGCGAGUGGUGGAAAGCAGACACUACCAGCUACUGUCAACCCAAAACCCGGCAAGGUGAAGAAUUCCCAAAAAAUCUGUCCUUCACCGGAGAAAUAUUAUUGUCUUCUACAAUUCAGGAACAUGAAUGCGUGUAUAUACGACUUCAUCAGAUCGAAUUACCCAUUGAAAACGGUGUUGUUACAAAACAUUAUCCGGUCUGUGGAUUAAAAGGACAAUACGAAGAUAAAUCUGAUCUGUUUCUCUCUUCCUGUAAUAUACGCUGUGACAAUGCUGUGGUAAAUGAGUUGAUCGAGGGCGCAGCAGAUAGCAGAAACGACAAAAAUGAAUUUACAUCAACAUUCUGGCUGUUCUUUUUCUUAAUGAUACUUAGCUGGAUUGGACAGGCUGUUGUUGUCACUUUCGCUGAUGCCAUCUGCUUUAAUCUGCUCGGUACAAAAGUAUCACAAUAUGGAAAACAAAGACUAUGGGGUUCAGUCGGAUGGGGCAUCUUUUCACUGCUAACUGGAGUUCUCAUAGAUACACUUAGUGAUGGUGCUUACAAAGACUACACUAUUGCAUUUAUACUCAUGUUCGUGUUCAUGAUGGGAGACGUUGGAGUUUCAUGUUUUUUGGAGACUGAUUCAACUAAGAUGUCAAUGAACAUUUUGGCUGAUGUUGGUUCGUUGUUAUCGUCUUUACCUACAGUCUUAUUCUUGUUGUGGACGAUAGCAGUUGGUUUGUGCACCGGUUUGCUGUGGCAAUUCCUGUUUUGGUUACUGGAAGACAUAUCAGGCCUCACCUGUGAUGGCUCAGGCUACAUAAAAACCUUGCAAGGCUUAGUCAGUGCAAUACAGACAUUUGGGGGAGAAAUACCUUUUCUGUUUGUAUCUGGUUAUGUACUAAAAAAAGUUGGUCAUAUAAACAUGAUGAGCUUGGUUCUCCUGGCGUUUGGCGUUAGAUUCAUAUUAUACUCGUUCCUUACCAACCCUUGGUGGGUACUGCCUAUUGAAAUGUUACAAGGCGUUACUUUCGGCAUGUUCUAUCCGACAAUGACUUCGUAUGCUAAUAUAGUCUCACCACCGGGUACAGAGACUACCGUCCAGGGAUUGGUUGGAGCUGUUUUCGAAGGCGUUGGUACAUCUUUGGGUAGUUUUAUAGGAGGUCAACUGUACGGGACUUAUGGAGGAUGGAUUACUUUCCGUUCUUUUGGCAUUGGAGCCUUAAUAUGCUGUGCAUUGAACUGGCUGGCGUUCUUUAUUCUAAAGGAUAAAAUUGGCCAUGCUAGAGUGCCUUCAGGUUAUUCGUCCGUUAUCCGAUAUGAACAAGUAAAUGAUAUGAUUUUCAUGUUGGAAGACAUGUCGGAGGGAAGAAUGUGAUAAUGAUUAAUUGGUAAUGUGUACUUAUUAAAAUUUAAGUUAAGCUGUGCUCGAGGAGCUGUAAUAUAAACUUCCUGACAAUAUUUAGUAUCUUAAGUGAAAUCUGUGAUUAUUACAUUUGACAAAAACUGCACAAAUGAAUACUGUGAAACAGUUAAAGAAUUAUAUUAAUUUUAUAAUACUAUUAUUUACUAUUUCUUCUAAUUAUUUAUCAAAAUAUGUGACUGAUAAUCCCAAUGUUUAACAGCAGUAUUGCAUUUAAUGCGGUUUAAGUAAGUCUAUAAGAAUAUUCCGUUUAACCCCGCUUACAUGUGUGUACUUAAAACUGGCUUGUAGGCAAUCUUCAAAAAAAUUGCUAUAUUGGAUAGCUUGAGACUCUUCGAGUCACAACUCAGUUUAAGUUUCAAAAGUCAUAAUUAGGUUUAAAUACUAAAAUGCCAUUCAACUUUAUCAGUCUCUCAAAAAGUAUUACUGGUACCUUUUGUAUAGGUAAUGACAAAGAUAGCACGAUUAUUAAAUACAAUAUAUGACUUACGCCUGACUGAAAGGCUACUCAAUUUUAACCUAUAAUUAAAUAUCGUGCCAUCUCUUUCAUUUUAAAAUGAGUUUGUAGAGACAGAACUAUUCUUAAGCGCGGCUUUAAAGUUGAGUGGUGUUACAGUAUUUGGACGUUAAAGUUAAGUGGCAUUACAGUAUUCGGUAACAGUUAUAACUUCUGAAACUCAAAUCAAUUUUAAUUGUGACCUCUGAAAUGUCAGUCCAAUUUGACUUUGUGUCAAAAAUAAUGACGGAUACGAAAAAUCUCCAAUAUCAAAUUGUGCUCCUAAUUUUCAAAAUGAAAUUUACUUUAGACUUAGUUUUUAGUUAACAAAGACUUGUUGACGAUUAAUUUGAAGAUCAUUGAUCCGUCCAUCGACCAAAUAAAAUAUGAUGUACCAUAUAAGACAUGUUUGACUAAUAUUUACGUAGAAAAUCCAGCAAUUAAGUAAUUACUUAUCCUUAAAUUUUAUUAAUAAUGUUUUUCUUAAUUUGUUAA